GGGAAUUGGAAUCGAACGAACAGUAUUCGUUGCCGCUUUCUCCAAGGCGAUACACCACAGAAACGUCCUCUUCUAGCGUUCUCUUAUUUUCUCUGGCAAUCAUUGUGUCUGUUACAGUCUUUUACUGCUAUUUCUUUGCCCAUCGUCGACAGUUCACAGCUUGGUUUUCAAUCAGUUGUUCUUCUCUCGGUUCUUCUGGACAAAGCGAACAUUGUUUCUGAUGGCAAAUUCUACCAUGCUUCAAUCUUGUCCAAUCGCCAUCCACCGCCAAACACCCGAUAGCGAGGUUCUAGAAGAAGUGCCUUCCCUCUUCAAGUCACCGGGUGUUGAGUUGGACAGUCUUUCCGGAUUCAGUGUCGCCCGAGACAUCAACGAAAAUUUGGACUCCUUCGACACUGGAUUUUCUCGCCUUUCGAACUCUUUCACAUCAGGGAAAUCGUACCCACCCUCAUCUCAAUGUUUGUGGAGAAAAUAUGGCGUUGGAAUCAAUUGCGAAGAAGGAGGGGAACAACUUGGACAACACGAGAUGGCCGUUUGUGGAACGCAUGUAGAUGAAAGAGUACUUCCCGGGUUCAGAUACCGCGUGCGCAUCCCAUCGAAGACGAGAGGGGACCGCUACCAGUUUGGAGGCAGGGCACUCCAUCUCCUUCGCAUCGGACAAGGCUACGGGAAGCGCCUAACCUUCGAGGACCAGUAUGCCAACAUCAACACAAACUUCUUCUGGUCAGACACCCUACCCAACGGCUAUGCCUUCAUCAUCAGCGCCGUCGAACCGGGGGAUGAAUUCGUGGUGUGCCAUCAGAACCGACGUCCAUUCGGUCGCGCAACCGUCAUCGCAACGAGCCAACGUCAAGUCGAGAUCAGUUCCUCGAUCACCGAAGACAAGGAUGUCGUGAAGAGGGUGAUUGUUGCGAUGCAGAUUUCGGUGCAAUACACAUGCGAGCCUCACGGGAUGAUGUCGCUGAGAGCAGAUGAGAUCGUGGACGUGAUGGGAGUCGCUGUUGUGAAGAAAAGUGCCAAAAGUUUGAGAGCGGUUACGAGAUGCGUGGAAGAGGUCGAGAUUCCUGGACACGGUGAAUGUCUACUCUUCGACGAGAGUGAAUAAACAUAACUCUUGUUUCUAAAGUUAAAUGGCGAUAUUUAUGGUGACUCAUAUUAACAAUACAUGUAUCAGGCCCUAGGUGAUAAUGCUCCUGCUCUUACAGAGUAAAGUAUGAAAGACUGAAUAUUUUAUUAAUGGGGUGUUGCAAGAAACUUGCGAUCAAUUGCAAGUCUAUUUUUGGUCCCUAAAUGUCUUGCAGUUAGUUGCAAAUUAGUGAUUGAUCGCUAAUCUGCUUCUUGAAACACGAAAUUUUAUCUGCUUUGCUACAGCUAACGGGGAACUAUCAGUUGUAAAAUUGCAACAGAAUAUUUUAAUUGAUCGCAAAUACUUUCUUGCAACACCCCCUUAGUCUAAUUCGAGGAUUUUCUUUUUAAUCUCUAUAUACUUCCAUGGUGUAAACAUAUGUAGAAAGACAAAUUGGCUAUCCCACCAGUUAUCCUCCACCCCCCCCCCCAAAAAAAAAGGUAAGAUUCCCCUUCUUGGAUUUUUUUCCAACAGUGUUAAUCUAUGUGGAGUGAUUUUCUUGCAGGUUUAUAUAUUUGUGCAGUACCCCCCCCCCACAAAAAAAGGAGGAGAUUGGGUUGGUCGUUAGGGAUGGUGUAUUUCUAAUACUUUAAAUAAUAAUGUUAUAUCAUUAUGAACAAAUAUUUAUGUGUGUGAAUGUGAGCUACUUGUAGCUAAAAUAAAUGCUUCAGCUACAUUUAUGAUUGUGUGCAAAGCAAUGUGCUUUGUUUGAAGAACCAAAGUUUAUAACAUGUAUGUUUUAGUGUAUAUAUUCCAUUGAGUCUAACUUUAUUAUGUACAGUAGUAUUUCUAGUCACGUCUGCUGGAAUAAGAGGUUUUGUAAAAUAUUCACAUUUUCCUUUGUUGACAACAUAAAACAUUUUGUGUUAUAUAUAACGAAACUUCAGCUAUGCAAAAAGCAAAAAAUGUUUAGUACAGUGAAUCCAAAGGUCGUGUGGUUUCAAUUAACAUUACAACCGCAUGGACUUUAUGAUAGGACUUUGUUGAAAAUUGAAUUAUUGUUAAUGUGAAAUUAAAUAUCAAUGAUAGAGGAAUACUACUGUUGAAUUGUACCUGUAAUCAAAGGAGGAAUCCAUGCUUUUAUUCAACAUUUUGAUGAUAAAGAAUCGGGUGACAUUCAUCUUAAAAUAUGAAUGGGAAUACCCUUCGCCCGCCCGCCUCACACCUUGAAGAUAAAUGCACAAUUUAAUGCAAUAAAUAUCUUUAUUUUAUUUUAGGACAAUCCAUUGCAUUUCCUUCUCAACCAAUCUUAAUCUUUCUCUCUCUUUCAAACUACUGCAUCUAAGAUCUCUUGCUCUCUUUCAUAAUUCUCUUCCUGUCAUAUUUUGCUAACCAGUAUUUCAUAUUUUAUGGUGUUUUGUUUUACUCUUUAUACUUGUAAAGGUUUUUUUUGUCUUGCCAUUCGAUUAUUUCAUUUAAGUAGUUUUAAAAUAACUUAUUUAAGGCAUGUUUGCAUCAACAAAAUUCAUUGUUGGGUAUUGUAUUAAUUUUAAUGCAGUUCCAUCAAUAAAUCACAAAUAUGCAUUAUGAUGAUGACAUUAUGAUGAUAAGCCUGUUAUGAUAGAAUUUUAUCAUUAUUUCACAAAAAAGUGCUUUAUCUUAGUAUGCCUAACAUGUACGUGUAUGUUUUUCAGUAUUGGACUUCCAUGAUGACCGCACAAAGACAUUUUCAGAGUUUAAUCCUGUUUAAAAAAAAUGUUUAGUGUAUGGAUAUGUAUUUGUGUGUAUUGCAUACAAUAAAAUGCAUCCAAUGUAAUAUGAAUAGCU